AUGGCUCUCCGCACGCUCGGCGCCAAAGCAGCGGCAGCGCUCGACCAAGAACUCAUGAGCACCGGCGCCUUCUCCCUCGACCAACUCAUGGAACUCGCCGGCCUCUCCGUCUCCCAAGCCCUCUUCAGACUCCAACCACCGCAGAAAGGCAAUCGCAUUCUAAUCGCCGUAGGACCUGGCAAUAAUGGCGGCGAUGGCUUGGUGGCUGCUAGACACCUCUGGCACUACGGAUACAAGCCUACCGUUUACUACCCCAAGCAGCCCAAGAAUGAGCUAUACCAGCGUCUCACUCAACAACUCCGUGACCUCCACAUCCCCUUUACCUCGGACUUCUCCGCCCAACUCUCUUCCACCGACUACAUCAUCGACUCCAUCUUCGGCUUCUCCUUCUCGGGCGAAGUCCGCGAACCCUUUCCUUCCGUCAUAUCCUCUCUGCGCGACUCAAAUGUUCCUGUCUUGGCUGUCGACGCACCAAGCAGUUGGAAUAUAGAAUCAGGGCCGCCAGAUGAGGGCCCCGGAAAAGGAUACAAUCCUGAUGCGUUGAUCAGCUUGACGGCGCCAAAGCCGUUGGUCAAGUGGUUCGAGGGUAGGCAUUUUGUGGGUGGCAGGUUCUUGACCGCGGAUAUGGCCAAGAAAUAUGAACUGGACAUUCCACCGUAUGAGGGCCUUGAUCAGGUCGUUGAGGUGCCUGUGAAAUGA